GACCCACCGACCGACCCACCGACCCACCGACGGACCGACCGAGCCGCCGCCGCCUCCCCCCCACGCUGGCCCAGAAGGCCGCGGCCGCCUCGCCGCUCAGGAUGGCUCGGAAGGUGCCGCGGGCCGAGGUGUGCGCCGACUGCAGCGCCCCGGACCCCGGCUGGGCCUCCAUCAACCGGGGCGUGUUGGUCUGCGACGAAUGCUGCAGCGUCCACCGCAGCUUGGGCCGCCACAUCUCCAUCGUCAAGCACUUGCGCCACAGCCCCUGGCCCCCCACCCUGCUGCAGAUGGUCCACACGCUCGCCAGCAAUGGGGCCAACUCCAUCUGGGAACACUCGCUGCUGGACCCCGCCCAGGUGCAGAGUGGCCGGCGAAAGGCCAAUCCCCAGGACAAAGUCCACCCCACCAAGUCAGAGUUCAUCCGGGCCAAGUAUCAGAUGCUGGCGUUUGUGCACAAGCUGCCCUGCAGGGAUGAUGACGGGGUCACCGCCAAGGACCUCAGCAAGCAACUUCAUUCUAGCGUGCGGACGGGCAACCUGGAGACCUGCCUCCGGCUGUUAUCCCUGGGCGCCCAGGCCAAUUUCUUCCACCCGGAGAAGGGCACCACGCCCUUGCACGUGGCAGCCAAGGCUGGGCAGACCCUGCAGGCCGAGCUGCUGGUGGUGUACGGGGCCGACCCUGGCGCCCCAGACGUCAACGGGCGCACCCCCAUUGACUAUGCCAGGCAGGCCGGGCACCACGACCUCGCUGACCGGCUGGUGGAGUGCCAGUAUGAGCUGACCGACCGGCUGGCUUUCUACCUCUGUGGACGCAAGCCAGACCACAAGAAUGGCCAUUACAUCAUCCCCCAGAUGGCUGACAGCCUGGACCUGUCAGAGUUGGCCAAGGCAGCCAAGAAGAAGCUGCAAGCGCUCAGCAACCGGCUGUUUGAGGAACUGGCCAUGGACGUCUAUGACGAAGUGGACCGGCGAGAGAACGAUGCUGUGUGGCUGGCAACACAGAACCACAGCACCCUGGUGACGGAGCGCAGUGCUGUGCCCUUCCUGCCCGUCAACCCGGAGUACUCGGCCACACGCAACCAGGGGCGACAGAAACUAGCUCGCUUCAACGCCCGUGAGUUCGCCACCCUGAUCAUUGAUAUCCUCAGCGAGGCCAAGCGGAGGCAGCAGGGCAAGAGCCUGGGUAGCCCAACAGAUAACCUCGACUUCUCACUGCGGAGCCAGAGCGACCCCGACGACCAGCACGACUACGACAGCGUGGCGUCCGACGAGGACACGGAUCAGGAGCCGCUACGCAGCGCCAACGCCGGCCGCAACAACCGGGCCCGAAGCAUGGACUCGUCGGACCUGUCGGACGGGGCGGUCACCCUGCAGGAGUACCUGGAGCUCAAGAAGGCCCUGGCUGCCUCUGAAGCCAAAGUGCAGCAGCUCCUCAAGGUCAACAGCAGCUUGAGCGACGAGCUGCGGCGGCUGCAGCGGGAGAUCCACAAGCUGCAGGCGGAGAACUCGCAGAUCCGCCAGCAGACGGGCCCGGCGCCCCCGGCCCCCGGGCCCGGCGACCGGACCGACCACGGCCACCUGAGCGUGGGUGCCCACCGCCGGGACCGCCAGGCGUUCUCCAUGUAUGAGCCGGGCACCGCCCUCAAGCCCUUCGGCGCCCAGCCUGGGGACGAGCUAGCCACCCGGCUCCAGCCCUUCCACGGCAGUGAACUGGAAGAUGACGCCAUGUACUCUGUCCACAUCCCCCCGAGCCUGUACCGGAUCCGGAAGGGAGUCUCUGCCUCAGCCGGGCCGUUCCCGCCCUCCUCCCCGCUGCUUUCCUGCCCGUCGGAUGGGGGCCGCCACAUGAGCAAGCUGUCCCGGCACGGCAGCGGCACCGACAGCGACUACGACAACACCCAGAGCGGAGACCCGCUGUUUGGCCUGGAGGGGAAACGCUUCCUGGACCUGGGCAAGGAUGAGGACUUCCACGCUGAGCUGGACGGCCCGGAAGGGGAGCUGGACCCCGGGCUGCCCAGCACGGAAGAUGUGAUCCUGAAGACGGAGCAGGUCACCAAGAACAUCCAGGAGCUUCUACGCGCCGCCCAGGAAUUCAAGCACGACAGCUUUGUGCCAUGUUCAGAGAAGAUCCAUGUGGCGGUGACAGAAAUGGCCUCUCUCUUUCCAAAGAGGCCGGCCCUGGAGCCCGUGCGCAGCUCCCUGCGCCUGCUGAACGCCAGCGCCUACCGGCUGCAGAGCGAGUGCCGCAAGACGGCGCCCCCCGAGCCGGGGGCCCCCGUGGACUUUCAGCUGCUCACUCAGCAGGUGAUCCAGUGUGCCUACGACAUCGCCAAGGCUGCCAAGCAGCUGGUCACCAUCACCACUCGGGAAAAGAAGCAGUGACUGCCCCCCCUCCGCCCCCCUCCCCUCCCCUCACUCCCUGGGUCCCGGCUGGGUGGAGGGACUGGGGUCCCGCUCCUUCCCCUCACCCGCAGGACAGGAGCCGCCGGCGUAAGUGUCCUUAGAGCUGCCACCCUUGCCCGGUGGCCAUGAGCCCUGGCGCCUCCCCCCAAGCCCGCCCCUCCCCGACACACGUGAAGCGAGACCGGGCAGCAGGACCCAACUCCUCCUCUGUAAAUAGUGCCCCAUCUGUGCCCUUCUCCUCCCCCCAGCAAGCACAGAGAGCAGGGCAGGACCGCCCUCCCCUCCCCGGGCUCCCUCAGAACAGACUUGGGGCCACCGUGGCCCAGGGUCUCCUCCCCACCCCCAUGAGCCGGCUCAGCCCCCGGCGUGGGCUGGGCGGGGGGCAUUUCCCCUUCCUUCCCUACCUCCCCCAUCGUCUCUGUGGUGGCUGCAGCCCCCCUUUCCCUCCCCCCAACCCCCCUGCUGCUAGCCCUCCCAUGCCAAGUGGUUCUGGCCCCUCGGCCUGCCGGGGGGACCACCCCACCCCCACACUCUCUCUCACACUCAUCUCCUUUCCCUUUUACCGGGCAGGGGGAAGCGCUGUCCGGGCCAUCCCUCAAGCCCAGGCCCCGACAGCCUCUCCCUCCAGGGUCUUGCCACUGUACGCAGUCGUCCCCCGCCCCACCCUUAGUUCUUUCCCUUCACCUCUUUCCUGUGCUGUCGGGGAGGGGGUCUCAGCCCUCCCCACCCCCCUCCCCGGGUCCCCCCCGGAUCUGAGGCCAGCCUGUGCCGGACAAGGGCUGCCCUCCUCAGUCCGGGAGGCCAAGCUGGGGCUGGCUCCCCAGUAGCCGCUUCAGCCCCGCACCCCUGAGAGGGCGGCCGGAGGGGCCAACCGAGGCCGCCCCCGGGUUGGUAGCGGGGAACCGGAUGGCCCAGGGACGGGGCUGGAAGCUGGCUGUGUCUGUGGUGAUGGUGCUGGUGGUGGUGGCUGGUCUGACUGUCAAGAUAAGUGUAAUGUACAUUUGUAUCAAAAAAUAAAUAAGUGAGCGUUAACCCUC